GAAUCAUAUUAUUCUACCCGCUGUACUUCCUACCGUCUUCGCCAUCCUCCUUGUCCCGCAUGUGAAGCCGUGGGACUUAUGAGCCCCCAGUGAUUACCCCGCACGGAAGCCUGGACACUCGCCCUGUGUGGCCACUGUGCUCAGUGGUGGACGAAGAAGAAGAAAUCUAAAUGCACUCUAAUGCUCGCGCGAUGUCCACGAGCAUGCUCGUAGCUCGCAUGUGGUAGCUCGCAGCUGCGAUCUACGUAUUCGAUAACGUUCAUUCAGUUCGAUGCUAGUGAAUCGGGUGGUCCGUUCAAGCGCUGGUUCGUUCCUUGCUACGUGAUGACAAACCCUGAUAUCGAAACUGUGAAAGCCAUUAUCCGCGCCUUGCUGAUUGCGGACAAGCGUCCACUGACCGUCCGUCGCUUUCUCAGUGAGUACAGAAACAAUGAGGGACACGAGUUACCGUGGAGAGCGUUUGGCUUUUCCAACGCUUUAAGUUUUCUCAGAAGCAUAACGGAUACCGUUCGGGUGUUUCAAGCCGACGGUGACAACUACAUCCAAGCGACAGUGACCGAGGAAGUGGAACAUGUGCAAAAACUGGUGAGCCGACAGAAGGAUCCUGGGAGUCAUUCCAUGGCCCCACGCAACUUUGCCCUCCGCCAAUUUUUGCCCCGACCACUGUGCGUGAAACCUCCGUACGUGAACUCUACGCCUUAUUGCGUUCCGAAGCUUGUAAAGGACAAUAUUUUUCGCUUGGUGAACGGCUUCCCUGAUGGUAUUAACGCACGUGACUUGGAAGAAGCCUACGGCAAGCAGUACGGCUCACCUGUGUGCUAUCAACUGUACGGAUUUCACAGUGUCGAAGACUUUGUAGUGGGACUAUCGGACGUUCUCAGUGCAACGCGGAAUUCGAUUGGGAACGUGAAAGUGGUGAGCAGACCUGGCUACUGUGUUGCCCAGACGUGGGAGGUUCCUCCGUGGCGUCCACAAUCACCCGUGCCACCGCAGGCGAUUCAGCCUCGUAGCCGGCAAACUGCAACCUCCACGGCUUCCGCUUAUUCCACGUUGGCUCAGCCACUGUUCGCUAAGCCUUACAGUAAUCCUGCGGCUGCUUGUGGAGAUUCCAGGAGCAAGCCCUUGAUAAGGAGGCCUAUCAUCUCCACAACAAAAGACAAAAGCUUGAUGAACGCUCAAGGCGGCCCAUUCGUGCAUGACUGUCCUCCAUCAGGUGAUGGACUUCAAAGCUACAGCCGCAGACGUGCCAGUGUGGACAAAGUUGACAUCCCACAAAAAAUUCUGGAUGAUAUCCAAAAGGUGCUCAGUGAGCAUCCGGAGGGUGUCUGGCUCAUGGACUUCAUGCACCUCUUUGAGCAGCUACAGCCGUCAGAGUAUGGCUUCAGUAGCAUCCUGGAGCUUCUGGAGAGCUACUCAUCCCUCUUCGUCGUCAACCGUCCCAUCCCGGACGGAGACUUCUUGGUUUGUCUCACUGCCAAAGCGGUAGAGACCUGGGUUCCUCGCUGGAGAGAGGCUGGACCUUCUCUGCCUGCAUCAGUCGUGUCAACCCUUGGCAGACACCUGCGAUCUGCGGGUCCUCAGGGUGUGACUCUGAAUGACCUCCUCCGCCUCUACGAAGGAUCAUGCGGGGUGCCACUGUCCCUCUCUGAGCAUGGCUUCACUCGGUUUGCCUUUGUCCUCUACCUGACGGCGCACCUGCCGCUUAUCUUUGAACGAAGCGACAACAGAGAAUUCGUGCUGCAAUGGACAGGCCCCAUCGAAGAACCGCCCAAGAAUCCCGCGGAACUUGCCUGUGCUGCCAGCAGCGCAGUCCACCACGGCAGUCACAACAGUGCCCUCAGCUGCGGGCCCUUCAAUGCGCCGACCGUUCCAUUAGGGGUCGCCCCUAUGGUUGCCCCUCCCCGACCAUCUGUGGCUGCGCAGGAAGUGCUCCUGCCAACUAGCCCUUUCGUGGUGCAAGAUGGGCUGUCCGAAUACGAUUAUACGCCGGUGUAUGUGUCCCAGGUGUACCAUCCUCACCACUUCUACAUCCAGCUCAAGAGCACGGAUACCACGUUCAAGCUGGAGGCCCUCAUGGACGAGUUGGAGAAGGUGUACGACGGCCACUACUCGGACAGGUAUGGCGUUGAAGACAAGCACAUACAACGGGGCUUUCCGUGCGCCGCCCCUUAUGUGUACGAGGACGACAUCAGGGACUGGCACCGAGCUCAGGUCACGUCUGUGUGCCCAGAUGGGCUCUCCUGUCAGGUCUUGUAUGUGGAUUACGGAACAGAGGCCACUGUGCAGAAGAGUGACCUCCGCAAGCUGAGGAAUGACUUUUUCAACCUUCCUGCGCAAGCGAUCCAUGCCAAGCUGUCUCACAUAAAGCCAGCAUCGAGAUCUGGCUGGACAGAGGCAUCAACGAAGCGCUUGCUGGAGCUGACGAAUGAUGACCGCACGCUUAUGUGUAAAGUGAUGGAGAAAGAGGGUAGCACUUACCCAAUUUUCCUGUGCGACACGACAACUGUUCCGGAGAGGCACGUCUCCGAUGUUCUGGUAGACGAAGGACACGCCCAACCGCUGUACCAGGAGUCGCCGGAACAGGCGGUUGCCACGGGGAGUCCUGCGCUCCACAAAGGUGCCGAACUUCCGCAAAGAGCUGCUGCUGAGCCACUCAGUCUCGAAGUGGUAGAGGACUUCAUGAGCGUGCUGCGCCGAGAACUAGACGAGCCAGUGAGACCAAAGGCUGUGAAACCGGAAUACCUCCGUACGGGACACUGUAUCAUGGUAGUCAACAUCGACCGGCAGCCGUACCUGUCGUCUGCCAAUGUGUCUGAACUGCUGGGCUUCCCAUCUGACAGGGUUCUGCAAUUGUUGGAAGCGAAGGAGAUUCGCUUUCCGACGAUCACCUUGGAUAAGAAAGAGCACCUGCAUCUGUUCAACCAGAUGGCAAGCUACGACGUUCCCGGCGUUAAACAGCGGGAACUCCUUGUCCCAAAAUUGACAGUCUUUCCUCUGGGCAGUGUGAAUGAUCUCCUCAACCUCUUCGACUGCCAGACCAAGCAGCUGAGACAGGAAGUGGCCGCGGUUGUCAGCUCGUUCGACCCCCUGUCUCCAUACUGGCAGAAUUUGUCGGACGACAGUGAUACAGAGGACACUACAUCUUUAGAACAGCAGCUCACGGCCCUCAACGCUCGAAAAAUAGAAAUCUGCAAUGCAAUGAUGAGGGGCGAUUUUUCAACGGAGAACGUCGAUGAGCUGAGGAGCGUCGAGGAGGAGAUGGACAAAUUUGAAGCGGUCCUUGCACGGAGAGAUCAACGGAUUCCUCCAGAAGGGUCUUGAUUUGGCUUCGGACCUCCAGCGUUCAUCACGUGGUUUGCGAGUGCUUCGAACUCUCCAUCGACACAUUUUAUUUAAAUAGCACAAUGUAUGCAUACUCAAGUCAUCCAUAAGAACCCUGUGUCAUGGUAUAGGUGGUAUAGCAGUUUUGGGGCCGACAAUUGCGCUUCUGUGGUGGUCCCAGUGACAUCUUGAACAUACGCUCAAUGGAUGUCGCCUAAAGUUGUCCUGUGGAUUGUCCACUUUUUGUCGGUGUCCACGCUGCAGUGUAAAGGAUUACAGACUGUUUUUGUUGCCCUGAGAAUCCCAGUGAGAAAAAAUAAAUUUAUUGUAAAAUAUUGAAA